UCCACACCUCUCCUGAUGAGCUCGUGGUUGUUCUUCUGCUGACAGAGAGAAAAGGAUCAUGAGUUCUGAUAAGAAACCAUUCACUAGACUCCCAACUGAUGUAGUUCCUGUCAACUAUACACUAGAGCUGAAGCCUGACCUGCAGAAGUUCACUUUUGCUGGGAAAGUCUGCAUUACAUUAAAAGUUAAUACUCCAACAAAGACUGUAUGUCUCAAUUCUGCUGAUAUUGAAAUAUCUAACGUCACCUGUGGAGAUCAAGUUGGCACUGUUAGCUAUCAGAAAGAAGAUGAGAGAGUUUCGUUUGAUUUUCCUCAAGAAAUAUCAUCAUCUGAAGCUACACUGAACAUUGUCUUCACUGGAAUACUCAAUGACCAGAUGAAGGGAUUCUACAGGUCAAAGUACACACGUCCUGACGAACCUGAUGUUGAGAGAUAUACAGCUGUAACACAAUUUGAACCUGCUGAUGCUAGGCGUGCCUUCCCCUGCUGGGAUGAACCAGCUCACAAAGCAACUUUUGACGUGACGCUAGUUGUACCAAAGAACCUUGUGGCUCUCUCCAACAUGGAUGUCAAAGAAACAAAGGAAGAUGGUGACAACAAGACAGUUGUUUUUAAUCGUACUCCAAUAAUGUCAACAUAUCUACUAGCGUUCAUAGUAGGAGAGUAUGAUUACAUAGAAGAUAAGGACAGCAAUGGAGUAGUUGUGAGAGUGUAUACUCCACUGGGAAAGAAAGAGCAAGGAAGAUUUGCACUGAAUAUUGCUACAAAGACUUUGCCCUUUUACAGGGAGUAUUUCAAUGUUCCUUAUCCUCUUCCUAAAAUUGAUCUUAUUGCCAUCCCUGAUUUUGCAGCUGGUGCUAUGGAGAACUGGGGCCUAGUUACAUAUAGAGAAAGACUCCUACUCGCUAGUGAGGAUUCUCCUAUCUCCAGUAAACAGAUUGUGGCUAUUGUUGUUGGACAUGAACUGGCCCAUCAAUGGUUUGGAAACUUGGUUACGAUGGAGUGGUGGACUGAUUUGUGGCUCAAUGAAGGUUUUGCGUCUUGGAUUGAGUACCUGUGUGUUGAUUAUUGUCAUCCUGAGUUUGAUAUUUGGACCCAGUUCCUGGCGCAGGAUUACGCUCAAGCAUUGAGUCUUGAUGCACUCUCCAACAGUCACCCUAUUGAGGUUAUAGUUGGUCCACCAUCAGAAGUUGAGGAGAUAUUUGAUACGAUUUCCUACAGCAAAGGAGCCUCCGUCAUUCGAAUGUUGCACAAUUGGAUUGGAAAUGAU